CUUCCUCUUCUGAGAAAGCAAACCCUGCACACACACACAAUGCUGCAAGCGACUGGAGAAAACUUCUCAAUUCAUCUGGAGCAAGCAACUUUUGGGAAUUGUUUCUGAACUCGCUUUGCUUUUCGCUUUCUCAGAUCAGCACGCCUGAAGGGUAGCGAAGGAAAACUUACUUAAAAGGAGUAAGAUGCUAGAGACCAAGCGAGAAUAUUUAAAGCACUUCACGUUUUAAACCUUCUGAUUUCAAACAGAGGCAAACCACAGCUGUUUACUUUAAAUUCAUGCUCUUAAAGAAUGACUACACUCGCUAUCUAAAAAAAGGAUUCUUUCAAGGAGCCAGUCCUGGAUCCCCGGUUUUUGUAGUGACUCUUGGAAGAAAAGAAUGCUUUCCCAUUGAGGACCCAGACUGCAACUUUACAGCCAAAUUUCAUGUUUCUCCUGGAGAUUUCCAAGGGAAAGGAAAUACUUAUGAAGCCAUCCAAAGACCCAAAACAUUUGCAAAUAAAUUAGAGGUUAUAAAGUGAUCAUCAUCUGAAUACAAAAAGGAGGAAAAGGAGGCUGCUACAGCCAGGAUUUCUACAUUGUAAAUCUAAAGCACCUUUAUAAUGGUAAGCACUAACAGUUCCAACUGUUCCUAUGAUGACUCCUUUAAGUAUACUUUGUAUGGCUGCAUGUUCAGCAUGGUGUUUGUGCUGGGGUUAAUCUCGAACUGUGUGGCCAUGUAUAUUUUCUUAUGCACACUCAAAAUGCGAAACGAAACGACUACAUAUAUGAUUAAUUUGGCGCUGUCGGAUUUGCUUUUCGUAUUUACCUUACCUUUUCGGAUUUUUUACUUUGCGACUCGAAACUGGCCUUUCGGAGAUGUACUUUGCAAGAUUUCAGUCAUGCUGUUUUAUACAAAUAUGUACGGAAGCAUUCUAUUCUUAACUUGCAUCAGUGUAGAUCGGUUUUUGGCUAUUCUCUACCCAUUUCGAUCUAAGACUCUCCGAACCAAGAAAAAUGCAAAAAUCGUUUGUUUUUCCGUGUGGCUGACUGUGAUAGGUGGCAGUGCACCAGCGGUCUUUUUUCAGUCUACCCACUCUCAGGGCAAAAACUCGACUGAAGAAGCAUGCUUUGAAAAUUUUCCGGAAGCCACGUGGAAAACCUAUCUCUCAAGGAUUGUAAUUUUCAUCGAAACAGUGGGGUUUUUUAUUCCAUUAAUUUUAAAUGUGACCUGUUCCAGUAUGGUGUUAAAGACUUUAAAUAAGCCAGUUACUCUAAGUAGAAGCAAACUCAACAAAACUAAAGUCCUGAAGAUGAUUUUUGUUCAUUUGAUCAUAUUUUGUUUUUGUUUUGUACCAUAUAACAUCAACUUGAUACUAUAUUCUCUCAUGAGAACACAAACGUUUGUUAACUGCUCAGUGGCGGCUGCAGUCAGGACUAUGUAUCCAAUCACUCUCUGUAUUGCAGUUUCAAACUGUUGUUUUGACCCUAUAAUUUACUACUUUACAUCGGACACUAUUCAAAAUUCAAUAAAAAUGAAGAACUGGUCUUCCAGGAAGAGUGAUUCCAGAUUCUCUGAAAUUCAAGGAACAGAGAAUUUUAUCCAGCACAAUCUGCAGACUUUGAAAAGUAAAAUAUUUGAUAAUGAAUCUACAAUAUAAAAUACAUGAACUACAGACUACUGGGACUUAACUGACCAGCACUGCCACAACUGUGAAAAGUGUUUUCUUGUAUAAACUAUUUCUCUGUAUAUAGACAUUUAAAACAUGAACAGUGCUUUAAAUAUCCAAAGUUCUUAGCAUUAAGAAAAAACCACAGAAAAAUAUGUAUUAUUAAAAGUAUAUUCUGUUCUUGGUAUCUUCUUUA